AAAAAAUAAUACUUAAAUAAUAUUCUUCAUGUAUAAUACAUAUUAUUACUGUCAAUAAUAUAGUAAUAACAUAUUAUACCAAAUAGUAUUGUAUAUGCCUCACAUGAAUAUAGUAUGACGCAUGAAGUAAACGUCCGACAAGACACAAUUUCAAAGCCGAUAGACUCCGCUAGCCGCGCCGCCUAGGGGACGAAUUUUAUCCAUACAGCAACAACAACCCCGUCAAGAGCGUGGUGGGGUGAAAUUCCUGAGUCAUUGGCAGGUCCAGAGUGCCACGUUCUUGGCAGUCGCGUCAUUGUGUUUUUCUCUCUACAACAAGUAAGACGCAUAUUGACGCAUCCACUACAACACUUAACUGACUAAAAUUUCAACAUGUCCCAAGACUGUCCAAUUUGUUUAUGUGACAUUGACAACAAAAGCUAUACAAAUGUGUGUAAACAUUUUUUUUGUUAUACAUGUUUAAAACAGUGGUCAAAAGAAUGUUUAUUUCUACGCCCAAAUUCUGAACCCACUUGUCCAGUAUGCAGAAAGAAUUUUAUACAUAUCUACCAUUCUUUUGAUGACUUAGAAAAUCAUAAAAGCACAUAUACCAUCAUUCCAGGAAUAAACCAUGACAUUUUACCAUCUGCAAUACCUAGAACUUUAAGUGUAAGAACCUUUAGUUCUAUGUCAAAUGGUAAUAGAGAGUUCAGUGGAAUGAACAGGUUACUUCGAAAUAAUGGCUAUCCUGGACAAAGUGGACACCAAUAAUUGAUAUGAACCAGAGGAAGAAUCUACCGCUGUGAUUCUUUAGCUGAGAUUAAAUCAAAAUCGUCAAUUUCUUCCCACUUUAUUAAAAACAUCAAUUCUCCACUAGCAUCAUUUGCACCAAUAAUUCUCUCAGCUAUUUUUGAAGCGACUUCUUUUACACUGGAAUAAAAAUACAUUAACAUGUUAAUAAAAAUAGAUGUAUCAUUAAUUUAAAAAGGUUUCCUGCAGAUGACACCAUAAAAUAUCAAGUAAACAAUAGGCCAUUAUUUUUAACUUUGUCAGUAUAACAACUAAAUUAUUUGUUUUUUAUACACUAUACCAAUUGUACCAAUAAACAUUAUUUUAAAUAAAUGUUGAAAUCAAUAUUUAUAUACUUAAUUAGUGUACACAUUUUGUUUGAAAAAAACAGUUAAGUAUAUUCCACUCGUGUAAAAAUA